GUUCAGAGAGACGCGGAGAUCGGAAAUUAUUAACAGUUAACAUGGCAGGUCAACAAAAACGUCUCUCUCCACAGGACAGGUUGCUGUUAUGCGUGACUGUUUCCUGCGUGUUGUUUGGAUCAGCCGCUGGUCUUAAAUAUGAAAAGAAGUGCAUAGGCAGUAGUAUGACAUUUUCACAGCUAUAUUCGCCACCUGGUUUCAAAGGAAAGAUGUACUUCACUCCGAGUAGAGGAGGACCCAGGGAGCUUGUCAUGGAUUACGGGAAGUUAAAGGACCCGCGCCUUGCCCGUGCCUACUCAGCUGUACUCAGUGAUUUGACCGAAAGAGAUGACGGAACUUUUUCUGUCGCAUUUUUGAGUGAUAUAAAUUUUUCUGAUGACUUUUUGAUUUUCGAUAUCAUCAGACUUAAGAUUUUGGAUUGUUCUGACAAGGUUACAGUGAUUUAUGGGUCUACAUACUCCAGUGAUGUCCCUCUGCAGGCUGAAUUCCUGGAGUACAACAGCCUUUAUACUGAGGACCAGCCAAAGGUCCUCUGGAAUCACACAGACCCUCAGACCAAUAAUAGAGGCAGGGUGCAGGUGACACAUGAUGGGAGAUUAUGGGAGAUUCAUGACCUCACUCCUGCAGACAGCGGCCACUACAGCCUCAGAGCAAAAGACAACACUUCGCUGAAAGGGACACUGCUUGAAGUAACAGAGCACAUUUCACACUAUAAUGCAAAGGUGAAUGAGGGGCUCUUUAUUGAAUAUGCUUUUCGUGGACCCCUGUGGACUGUGACUUUUACACGCAAGGGUGGCUCCUCCGUAACAUUGUACGAAAGAAACACACCGGUCAGAUACAGACCAAGUUUUCCAAAUAGGGUUUGGCGCGAAGAUGGUGGCCUACAGAUUGCAGAUUGGAAAAGCGGAGACUCUGGCACCAUUGAGUUCAGAGACCGUCAAGGCAACCUGGCCCAGAGUGUUGAGGUGGAGGUGGAGGUGGAGGUGGAGGAUGAAAACGAGGAUGGAAACAAGUUUGUUGAGAAUGUUGGGAUUACUGUCGGGAUUAGCUUUGCGGUGACUGUCUGCAUUUGCUGCUGUUGCUGUUGCUGUUGUAAAAAGAUCUGUGAUAAUAAGAGCUCUUCUAAAAGGGAUGUGUCCACACUUCCUGUGUUUUACCAUGAUUCGACUCAACCUGCAGGCCCAAGUUACUCUGCUGCACCUGCUCCACAUCACUCUUAUCAGCCAAUUCAUUCCUUUGUUCCUACAGAACCGACAGCUGCCCCCCUCGAGCCAUCGGUGCACUACCCAGUGCAUAUCUAUGUGAACCCCCCUCAGCCUGAGGUUGCAGCUCUCAGAGAGCAGAAUACCGAUCCAGCUCCUUCACUCGGCCCUGAUUGUCUCUCCUCGGAUCCUGGGCCACAGUUCGAGCUGAAGAAGGGACUGAGCUCUCCCUCUGCUCCCUUCCUCAGUUCAGACCCAACUUUCAAUGGCAUUUAUACCUCAGAUAAACCCAACUUUCUGUAA